AUGGAUCUCUUUGAACAAUUCCGAAACGUCAUCUUUUUCCUAGUCUUAGUCAUCUUUCAAAACUUCCCCUUCUUUGGAGCCGCAACACCACAAGUGGCAAUGUUACCAUUACUAUUCAUUUUAUGUGUAACAGGAGCCAAUGAUUGUUUUGAAGAUUAUCAAAGAUAUAUGUUAGAUAACAGUGUGAAUAAUUCACCGUGUACAAGAUUAGGAGAUUGGCGAAAUGUUAAUGUACGUAGAUCAGGUGGAGGAUCAUGGUGGGAGAAUUUAGAUUGGCCAUGGGAAGCACAUGAUGUAGAUCAACAUGCCGAUUCAUCAAGUCAAUAUCGUAGUAAGGUGACUAAAGGAGUUCGAAAGUUACGGGAAAGGGAAAAAGGUACUUUUAAUACGGAUUUUUUAAGAGAAUUGAAUGACAAAAAUCAAGUAGGAGAUCAAGACGAUUCAGAUUCAGAUGAUGGAAAUCAAGGAGGUCAAAGUAGUUUUAAUCCAACUACUUCAUCAAUCCAAUCCAGAGGAAGAAAAUCAUCAUCAGAAGUCGUCGAUUAUUCAACCCCCACCUCAGGAACAACUAAAUGGGAAAGAACGCUAUGGAAAAAAUUAGAAGUAGGAGAUAUAUAUUGGACUCAAGACGAACGUGAAGGACGUGAACAUCCAGUAACUGAAGGACGUAAACUUGAAAAAGGAUCUGAGAAAAGAGAAGUGAUUGGGGUUAAUGAGAUGUUAUUGAGAGGUUGUACUUUGAGAAAUACUCAACGGGUUAUGGGUUUAGUGGUCUUUACUGGUAAAGAUACUAAAAUCAUGUUAGAUCAAGGUGAUACUCCUUCCAAGAAAGCCAAAAUCUCAGAUGAAACCAAUUAUGCUGUGAUCAUCAAUUUCGUCAUCUUGGUUUUACUCUGUGCUAUCAAUGCGAUUGGAGAUGGAAUCUAUUCAGGUAAUACGUCGACUAGUCCUUAUUAUUAUGAACAAAACGCAAGUAUCUUUUUGAUUGCUACAUUAGAUGCAUUGGUCACUUUCGGUGCAGCUUUGAUUCUGUUUCAAUCAAUUGUACCCAUCUCAUUGGUCAUCACUCUCGAAUUUGUUCGAACGAUCGAAGCUUUGACGAUUUUCAGAGAUAUCGAAAUGUACUAUGAACCCUCGAAUUGUCCAGCUGAACCUAAAUCAUCAAAUCUUUCAGAUGAUCUAGGUAUUGCUUAUGGAGAAGGCGUUACUGAUGCGAUGAGAGGAGCAGCUAAAAGAGGGGCUGAUCAUGAUCCAUCUGCAUUAGAUGAUCCGACUUUAGCUGCUACUCAUUUAGCUGAAUCUGAACUAAGGAUGAUUGAUUUGAUGAAUCGACAUUUUCGACAUCGAUAUUUAAAUUCCGAAAGUCUUACCUUGAUCUCACCAGGAUUAGUGGAAGAUAUGUUCAAUGAAGAUCUUGAAUCAGAAGAACAUCGGAUUAGAAUGAUUGAAUUUUGGACUUCACUUGCUUUAUGUCAUGAUGUGAACGCAGGUAAAAGUGAAGGUAAAAUCGAAUAUAAAGCUGAAAGUCCAGGUGAAGCAGCCUUAGUAGCAGCAGCAAGAGAUUUAGGAUUUGUGUUUGUGAAGAAAUUAGGUGACCAAUUAUAUUUAGAAAUCUUGGGCGUCAAACAAAAGUAUCAACUUUUGAAGAUUAUCGAAUUCAAUAGUUCUAGAAAACAAAUGAGUCAUUUGGUUAGAUGUCCGAAUGGAAAAAUCAAAUUGAUCUGUAAAGGUGCUGAUAGUAUUAUUAUGGCAAGAUUAAGAUCAGAUCAUGAGUUAGAAUAUGAAAAUCGAACGAAUGCCAAGUUUUAUAAUGAAAAACAGAAAAAGAAGAAUGGAAAACAUUCACAACAACAACAACAUCAACCGAUUAGAAGACUCAAUCUAGAUCUGAAAGUAACGACUUCAUCCGAUCCGAUGACAACACCUUUACCUACUGGGAUUGGAGAAAGGAUUAGAUUAGAUACUGGAUUCGAAUCACCACCCCCAUCACAUAUUCGAACUCGAACUAGAUCAUGGACAGAAGAAUCGACGAAUCAAGACCAAUCAUGUUGGAUUUGUUUACCUAAUCGGGGCUCGGGUUCCUCACCUCAUUAUCAUGAAUGGUUUGCAGCUUCGGAUCCUCAAUUCGGAUGA